CUUCGUUUCAAAAAGAAAACAAAUUGAUCAAAAAUUGACACAGAGAAACACAUAACUCGUUUUAAUCUCUUUAAUCUUUGUUUUUAAAGCAAAUGGGAACCAUUUCUUGCCUCAUUAAUUUCACGAAUCUCUCGAGAAAGCCAAUCUCAUGCUCAUCAUCGGCCUCAUCGCUAUCCAUUUUCAAAAACCCAAUUCCAAUCUUCCGAAGCUUCAACAUCUCUUCUUCAAUGGCCGCUGCUUCUCUUCAAGUCUCAGCUUCCUCCUCAACGGGGAAAACAAGGGUGGGAGAAAAUGAUUUGCUAAUUGUAGGACCAGGUGUUCUUGGUCGUUUGGUGGCUGAAAAAUGGAGGGAGGAACAUCCAGGAUGUCAAAUUCACGGGCAGACUGUGACAGCGGAUCACCACGAAGAAUUACUCUCACUGGGGAUUAAUCCACUUUUGAAAGAGACUAUAACUGAUCAAAAGUUCCCCUAUGUGAUUUUCUGUGCUCCUCCUUCGAAAACCCCGGAUUACCCUGGUGAUAUCAGAUUGGCUGCUUUAAGCUGGAAUGGCGAAGGUUCGUUCGUAUUCACAUCAAGCUCUCUACUGUACGAUUGCAAUGACAAUGGACCAUGUGAUGAGGACACACCAAACGUGCCGAUUGGGAGAAUCCCUAGGACAGAUAACCUUCUCAAGGCUGAAAAAGUGGUGCUGGACUUUGAUGGUUGUGUCAUUAGGUUGGCUGGACUAUAUAAGAUAGAUAGAGGUGCACAUUUCUAUUGGUUGCGUAAGGGGACCGUUGAUGCUCGUCCCGAUCACAUCUUGAAUCUUAUACACUAUGAGGAUGCGGCUUCCCUCUCUGUCGCUGUUCUGAAGACGAAACUUCGGGGUCGGAUUUUCUUGGGGUGUGACAAUCAUCCUUUGUCCAGGCAAGAAGUAAUGGAUUUGGUCGAUAUAAGCGGCAAAUUUGACAAAAAGUUCGAAGGAUUUACAGGAACUAGUGAUCCACUGGGAAAAAUGUUGAACAACUCGAAAACUCGUAAGGAAUUAGGAUGGGAGCCAAAAUAUCCCAGCUUUGCCCACUUCGUCGGUGUUUCAGAGUAACUCGUACAUUCUCUUCUUUGCCAAGAUUAGGAUCAGGAUUAGGGUUGAGUAUUUGAUUUACUCGAGUAAAAAAAAUUCAUAUUAUUCAAGUU